AUGUUGCUAGUUAAACAUUUUUCUCUUACAAAAGAGAAUCCCAAUAUAUUGGCGGCCACAAGACUGAUGCGUCCCCUGCUCAAUAGUCCCAUCGUUCAGGUGGUCAUCUCAUUUGUGGUGGGCUAUUAUGCGACUACGAAGAUAUCCAAAGUCUAUGCACUUAUUCGGGAGAGCACAAAUCAAAGGCGCUCCAAAUUAGAGUGCCAAACGCAGCUCACUGUUGGCCAAGCCAGCAGUUCAGUUUUGGCCAUGGUCGAGCUGCCACAGGCACCUGAAUCUCUGCGCCUGACCCACAAACAGCUGAGAGAAUUCGACGGAGUACGUGACACAGGACACAUUUAUACGGCACUCAACGGAAACAUUUAUGACCUGACUGCGUCGCGGGACACAUUCAUGCAACCGGGUCUCCACUCUCUGCUCGCUGGCUGCAAUGCCAAUGAGGUGCUCAAUAUUGCAUGCAGCUCGAUGGGCGUCUCCGCCUCGGAUGUCAUUCAACGGUGGGAGCGAAGCUUCAAUGCUGAAUUCAAUAUUAUUGGCUACUUGGUUGAAAGCGAUGCGUCUGAAACGGAUGAAUAUCGAAAUGACGACGCAACUUUGGAGUGAUUAAAGUGAUCAGAGGUCAUCGAAUGCUUUUCUCUUCCAAAUGUUUUACUUGCUUAUCAACUCAGACUUUUCAGAUUUAUGUUGCUAUUGACUGCACUGAUAAUAUAUAUACAUAUAUAUAAUUCCAUUG